CCGGACACGAUUCAGUCGGUUCGGGGCACUCAGCGCGCGAACUUCCCUAACCCAUUCCCUUGUGGUUGACUACAAAGGGCUGAGUUUAGUGGUUGCGCCUUCACCUUUUAAAUCUUGAAUGGACAUUGAAUUAAAAAUAAAAUAUAUCUAGCUUUACUCAGGCAAUUUUUUGCCGGGUUUACGCUGUGAUCAAAACUUUUCAAAGUAUUUUUGUAAGGAGUAAGGAUUUACGUAGUAGCUGCCGGAUAUAAUGAUCGGUAUUUGGCACAACCACGAGAACACAGUCGCGUUGAGCGCGAGCGGCGCCGGGCGGGGCCGAUAGUAUCUAGGUUCGCGCCCGCGCCGGCCGCUUCCCCCGCAUCACCGCCCCGCAGCCAUGGUGCGCGACAAGAAACCAACGCAGAAGACCGACUCGCAAAAAUCGAGCACGAAUUUAGUGGGCAAGUUCACGCAGAGCGUCCGCCGUAUCGUACAAGAUGUCAAAGAUGAAGGCACAUCCAGCGGGCAGACGAAGGAAGAGGUGAUAGAAACCAAUGAACGUCUGCGAGGAGUGAGGGUGCGUCUCGACGAGAACUAUGACACGGCUAAGAAGGCGCUGGUCACGCUCAUGGCGCGCUACAGCGAGUCCAAGAGUCAGAGGAACGUGUUCACCAGAUAUGCUUUGCUCAAAGCUAUGAUUAAGGAUGUGAUUCGGCUCGAGACUCAAUACUGGUCGUUGGUGGAAAUCCCUCGGCAGGAGAAGGCCGAGACCGUGCCGGCGUUUGUGCUGCGCGCCUGUGCCAUCAUGGAGAAGACGCAGAAGUCUGGAGAAGGAGUCAAGACCUCCGCCAAGCUGGCUGAAGAAGCCGCUGAUAAAAGAGAGCGGAUAGAAAGACUGAACGACAUGACAACAAUUCAGAUUGAAACGGAAAAUACUCAGAUGACCAAUGACUUGUAUCGUCUGCUCAAGAAAUACACUGGUUUACGAAACCUAAUAAGGGAGUUGAAGUCGGAUUACGUUAGUUCCAAGGUGUACCCGAUAUUCCCUCGCUACACGAUGCUCAAAGACAUGAUCAAGGAUAUCAUGCACGACCCUGACUACAUGGAGGUGUGCCAUGAGGUGGACCCAUAGCGCGGGGUGCGCAAAUAAAUGAGGCACUCAUUCACCGACCGGCAGAGGUCGUGCCGUCGCUAGUUUCACCAGGGGUGAGCAACAGUUGGAGUGAAACGGUAAUCUCAUGUCUACCAUCUGGAAAUUGUGCACCGUCAAUUGUUAUUUUGGAAUCAGAUUCGUAUUUGGAACUGAAGUAAUUUUAACCAGUUGUGGAAAAUCAAAAUUGGAAUACCAAACAUUUUUUUAUGGCCAGUUAUAAAAAAAAUGUACGAAGUUGGUUCCAAGGAGUCGGAUAUGAAAGGUGGUAGAUAAUAGAUAGGUGUGUUGGUGGAAUUGGCGUCGCGUAGUGUGACGAGUACUCGUUUAAUUUGCGCUACUUGGUUCAUUGGACUUUUUGGUUAGUGUAAGUUUAGAUUUUAGUGUGUCUGUACUCGUCCUUAUGUGUCCUUCCGUUGUAAAUGUUCCUUUUUCAAAAUCUGCAGCACUGCUUAAAAAAUGGGAACCUUGUAUCAAGUGCAAUAAUAUUCACUAUAAAAAAACUAUAAACUAUAAACUAAAAACUUUCUCUAGCCCAGCGAUGUAAUGAUUGUCUAUAUUCGUAACUUCUUAAAGUUUUUUGAACAACUUCAAACAUAUCUUGUUGCUGUAUCUAUGAGGAGCUUCUGAGGUCAUAAUCACUCUAUGUUACUCUACACAUAUUUAGUCAUAAUCAUAAUAUUUCCAUGUACCUAUCUAAUCAUAUCAUUACUCUAUUAAAUAUCGCAAUUUAGAUGAGAGAAUUUAUUUAAAUGAACUGUGUACUGUAGUCCUAUGAAAAUUUACCAUUUUCUACAACAAUAUCAAGAUUUUGUCUCUAUUUGUAUUUAAUCACUGAAAACGCUAUGUACCACGAACUUUCUUACCUCUUAUAAGAGACACUAUUGUAUCUUUUUUCUGUCACUGUUUAUAGUCUGUGGCAUGCUUAUCAAUAAAAUGUACCUAGUAAUAAUGUAUUCCAAUAUAGGAUAGUAAAAUACUAAUUGUAAAUGUAUGGGGUGUACGUGAAUGUAUAAUAAGUAGCAAUGCCAUUGUCUGUGUUCAACAUUGUAUGUAACAUUGAUAAGUUAUUUGCUGGAUAAAAUAUGUAUCUAUAUCGUAAUGUAACAACUUAAUAGAUAAAUA